AUGACCUCGGAGGGCCCCAAGGCCUGGAAUCAUGUGCGCCUCGUUCACGCAGCGACAGGGGAGCUGCGGAAGGACGGAGAGUCUUCCACAGGCCACAAGAAAGAGAAGAAAGAGGGGAAGAAAAAGAAGGAGAUGGCAUCCUCUGGAUCUCAAGAAACAGGAGGAGAGCAAAACAAUGGAGAGAAGGUGUCCGUUGAAUCUCCAGAAACAGGGAAGGAACAAAAUGAUGCAGACAAGAAGACCUCUGCAUCUCUAGAAGGAGGAGAGCAAGAUGAUGGAGGUGAGAAGUCCUCUGCAUCUCUAGAAAGAGGAGAAGAGCAAGAUGGGGGAGGCAAGAAGUCCUCUGCAUCUCUAGAAAGAGGAGAAGAGCAAGAUGGUGGAGGCAAGAAGUCUACUUCAUCUCUAGGAAGAGGAGAAGAGCAAGAUGGUGGAGGCAAGAAGUCCUCUGCAUCUCUAGAAAGAGGAGAAGAGCAAGAUGGGGGAGGCAAGAAGUCCUCUGCAUCUCUAGAAAGAGGAGAGCAAGAUGAUGGAAGCAAGAAGUCUACUUCAUCUCUAGAAAGAGGAGGAGAGCAAGAUGGUGGAGGCAAAGGCCAAGAGGAAAGUUUUUGCCCUGAACUUCCCAAGUCCAAGAGCAAGAGUGUAGAUCUAAAGCGUAUGGCCGAGCUGCGGAGUCAUCUCCAAGCCCAGUUUUCCAUGCAGGAGCAGCAAGAAGAUCAAAACCUGGGCAGUCAGCUGGCAGAGCUGGUGGGGAGAAUGGUCCACGGGAAAGGAGAUGAUCGAGCAUCACCAGCCAGCAGCAAUGCGGGGUUGGAUGAGCAGUGCCCAGCCUGUGGACUGCAUAGUUACCCAACCACCCGUGCCUGCUCCUGUACCAACGGACUUCCUGCAGAGAUAGAAAAAGUCUUGCAGAGGGAGCUGGCAGAGCUGAAGGGAGAGGUAACAGCCAGCAUCGAGUCCCUGAAGAAGGAGGUCGUGGAAGAGCUGAGCAGCCUCCGUGAGACCGUCCAGGCCUAUAAUGACCAUCACUUCCUCCAGGUUUCAGACCUGAGCCCCCUUGAGGAGCUCGAUGAGCAGUUCCUUGACCAGCUCAACGGGAGCCACCACAGGAUUGCCAUAGCUUCCAAGUUGGGGAGUGCAAAGGUUUCGACAGAAGAGAAAUUCAAAUCCUGGUCGGUGCCGACACUCCAUCCUCUGCCCAUCUCCAGCAGGAACCAGGCGAUGCUCCGAGCCGUGAACACCAUCACAGCUCAGAACGGCUUUGUGUCGAGUUUGUCCAGAUCGAAUUCAGACCCUGUGGAGCCUGGGCAGCCUAAUAUCACUAUCUUGCCACCUGCGAUCCCCAAAGCAGCCCCCAAGAAGCACCCCACAAAGAUGAUGGCACCUCCAGCUUCCAGGACCUACAGCAGCAAAGUAGCCUCCAGGACGGUGGCACCUCAUCCGCCAUGUGGAGGCAACGAAAACAGACCUCACUGA